UCUCCUAUCCUCUGAGCACCCUUCAUCCAUGAAACAUCUUCUGGUUUUGGCUGUUACCCUGUAUCUGGCUGAGACCAUCUCAGUCAAGAAGUGUUGGGGUACAUCAGGCAGGUGCAGAACAACAUGUAAAGAAAGAGAAGUGUUCUAUACAUUAUGCAAAUCUGAAGAUAAGUGCUGUGUGAACCCCAAGCAUGUACCCAAAUUGGGAUCCUCAAACGUGGAUGGAAGAUGGGGAUCAUUUUCUGCAGUCUGA